UGUUAGGGUUGGCCACAGCCUAUAACCGCCUGCCGUUCAACCUGAGCGGCUGCUGCUCGCCUGCUCACGCACACAGGCCGGGGUGCAGAGGAAGUGUGGGGAGGAAGGAAGUGGGCAUAGAAGGGUGCCGAGUGUGGGUCUUGAAGAGAAUAGCCAUAACGUCUCUGUCACUAAAAUGUUCCCCAGGGGUCUUCGGCGAGUUUUUUUUGUUGUUGUUGUUUUUAAUCUGUGGCUCUUGAUAAUUUAUCUAGUGGUUGCCUACACCUGAAAAACAAGACACAGUGCUUGACUAUCAACGAAAGAACUGGACGGCUCCCCGCUGCAGUCCCAGUCCCCGAGUUUGUGGCUGUCAUUUGGGCCACGCCGGGCUGCCUGCUAGAGGCUGGGCGGUCACAGCGAAGGGCGCGCGGUUUGGGGCCACACAGCUCAGCUUUUAGGCCCCAACUACUGUUAAAAGGGGAAGCCCGUGCUCCAUCUAGGUCCGCUCUUACUGAGCCCAGAACCAUCCGGCGCUCUGCGGGCUGGGAGUUCGGGCCGGGGCGCGCUUUCUGCGCAGCCGAGGCUCCCCAGCGCCCCCUGCAGCCGCGCGUAAGGGGAGACGGGGCCCGGCCCUGCGCCUCCGCACCACGCCCGGGACCCCACCCAGCGACCCGUACCCGGAGAAUCAGCGAGAGAACCCGAAACUCCCGGCGAGCAGCAGAAACCGGGAGUGGGGCCGGGCGAGUGCGCGGCAUCCCAGGCCAGCCGGAUCGCUCCGCCCGCGGUGGGCCGACUUCCCCUCCUCUUCCCUCCCUCCUUCCUUUCCUGUAGCCCGCCGGCGCCGGACACGCUGCGCCUCAUCUCUUGGGGCGUUCUUCCCCGUUGGCCAACCGUCGCAUCCCGUGCAACUUUGGGGCAGUGGCCGUUUAGUGUUGAAUGUUCCCCACCGAGAGCCCAUGGCUUGGGAAGCGAGGCGCGAACCUGGUCCCCGAAGGGCCGCCGUCCGGGAGACGGUGAUGCUGUUGCUGUGCCUGGGGGUCCCGACCGGCCGCCCCUACAACGUGGACACUGAGAGCGCGCUGCUUUACCAGGGCCCCCCCAACACGCUGUUCGGUUACUCGGUCGUGCUGCACAGCCACGGGGCGAACCGAUGGCUCGUGGUGGGUGCGCCCACUGCCAACUGGCUCGCCAACGCUUCAGUGAUCAAUCCCGGGGCGAUUUACAGAUGCAGGAUCGGGAAGAAUCCCGGCCGGACGUGCGAACAACUCCAGCUGGGUAGCCCUAAUGGAGAACCUUGUGGAAAGACUUGUUUGGAAGAGAGAGACAAUCAGUGGUUGGGGGUCACACUUUCCAGACAGCCAGGAGAAAAUGGAUCCAUCGUGACUUGUGGGCAUAGAUGGAAAAAUAUAUUUUACAUAAAGAAUGAAAAUAAGCUCCCCACUGGUGGUUGCUAUGGAAUGCCCCCUGAUUUACGAACAGAACUGAGUAAAAGAAUAGCUCCGUGUUAUCAAGAUUAUGUGAAAAAAUUUGGAGAAAAUUUUGCGUCAUGUCAAGCUGGAAUAUCUAGUUUUUACACAAAGGAUUUAAUUGUGAUGGGAGCCCCAGGAUCAUCUUAUUGGACUGGCUCUCUUUUUGUCUACAAUAUAACUACAAAUAAAUACAAGGCUUUUUUAGACAAACAAAAUCAAGUAAAAUUUGGAAGUUAUUUAGGAUAUUCAGUUGGAGCUGGUCAUUUUCGGAGUCAGCAUACUACUGAAGUAGUCGGAGGAGCUCCUCAACACGAGCAGAUUGGUAAAGCAUAUAUAUUCAGCAUUGAUGAAAAAGAACUAAAUAUCUUACAUGAAAUGAAAGGUAAAAAGCUUGGAUCGUACUUUGGAGCUUCUGUCUGUGCUGUGGACCUUAACGCAGAUGGCUUCUCAGAUCUGCUUGUGGGAGCGCCCAUGCAGAGCACCAUCAGAGAGGAAGGAAGAGUGUUUGUGUACAUCAACUCUGGCUCGGGAGCAGUAAUGAAUGAAAUGGAAACAAACCUCGUUGGAAGUGACAAAUAUGCUGCAAGAUUUGGCGAAUCUAUAGUUAAUCUUGGUGACAUUGACAAUGAUGGCUUUGAAGAUGUUGCUAUCGGAGCUCCACAAGAAGAUGACUUGCAAGGUGCUAUUUAUAUUUACAAUGGCCGAGCAGAUGGGGUCUCAUCAGCCUUCUCGCAGAGAAUUGAAGGACUUCAGAUCAGCAAAUCGUUAAGUAUGUUUGGACAGUCUAUAUCAGGACAAAUUGAUGCAGAUAAUAAUGGAUAUGUAGAUGUAGCAGUUGGUGCUUUUCGGUCUGAUUCUGCUGUGUUGCUAAGGACAAGACCUGUAGUCAUUGUUGAAGCUUCUUUAAGCCACCCUGAGUCAGUAAAUAGAACAAAAUUUGACUGUGUUGAAAAUGGAUGGCCUUCUGUGUGCAUGGAUCUAACACUGUGUUUCUCAUAUAAGGGCAAGGAAGUUCCAGGUUACAUUGUUUUGUUUUAUAACAUGAGUUUGGAUGUGAACAGAAAGACAGAGUCUCCACCAAGAUUCUAUUUUUCUUCUAAUGGAACUUCUGACGUGAUGACAGGAAGCAUACAAGUGUCUAGUGGAGUAGCUAACUGUAGAACACAUCAAGCAUUUAUGCGGAAAGAUGUGCGGGACAUCCGCACCCCAAUUCAGAUUGAAGCUGCUUACCACCUUGGUCCUCACGUCAUCAGUAAACGAAGCACAGAAGAAUUCCAACCACUUCAGCCAAUUCUUCAGCAGAAGAAAGAAAAAGACAUAAUUAAAAAAACAAUAAGCUUUGCAAGGUUUUGUGCCCAUGAAAAUUGUUCUGCUGAUUUACAGGUUUCUGCAAAGAUUGGGUUUUUGAAGCCCCAUGAAAAUAAAACCUACCUUGCUGUUGGGGGUAUGAAGACAUUAAUGUUGAAUGUGUCCUUGUUUAAUGCUGGAGAUGAUGCAUAUGAAACGACUCUACAUGUCAGACUACCUAUGGGUCUUUACUUCAUUAAGAUUUUAGAGCUGGAAGAGAAGCAAAUAACCUGUGAAGUCACAGAUAACUCUGGCAUGGUACAACUUGACUGCAGUAUUGGCUAUAUAUAUGUAGAUCAUCUCUCAAGGAUAGAUAUUAGCUUUCUCCUGGAUGUGAGCUCACUCAGCAGAGCAGAAGAGGACCUCAAUAUCACAGUGCAUGCUACCUGUGAAAAUGAAGGGGAAAUGGACAGUCUAAAGCACAGCAGAGUGACUGUAGCAAUACCUUUAAAAUAUGAGGUUAAGCUGACUGUUCAUGGGUUUGUAAACCCAACUUCAUUUGUGUAUGGAUCAAAUGAUGAAAAUGAGCCUGAAAUGUGCAUGGUGGAGAAAAUGAACUUAACUUUCCAUGUUAUCAACACUGGCAAUAGCAUGGCUCCUAAUGUUAGUGUGGAAAUAAUGGUACCAAAUUCUUUCAGCCCCCAAACUGAUAAGCUGUUCAACAUUUUGGAUGUCCAGACUACUACUGGAGAAUGCCACUUUGAAAAUUAUCAAAGAGUAUGUGCAUUAGAGCAGCAAAAGAGUGCAAUGCACACCUUGAAAGGCAUGUUCCAGUUCUUGUCCAAGACUGAUAAGAGGCUAUUGUACUGCAUAAAAGCUGAUCCACAUUGUUUAAAUUUCCUAUGUAAUUUCGGGAAAAUGGAAAGUGGAAAAGAAGCCAGUGUUCAUAUCCAGUUGGAAGGCCGACCAUCCAUUUUAGAAAUGGAUGAGACUUCAGCACUCAAAUUUGAAAUACGAGCAACAGGUUUUCCAGAGCCAAAUUCAAGAGUUAUUGAACUAAACAAGGAUGAGAAUGUUGCACAUGUUCUACUGGAAGGACUACAUCAUCAAAGACCCAAACGUUAUUUCACCAUAGUGAUUAUUUCAAGUAGCUUGCUACUUGGACUUAUUGUACUUCUGUUGAUCUCAUAUGUUAUGUGGAAGGCCGGCUUCUUUAAAAGACAAUACAAAUCUAUCCUACAAGAAGAAAACAGAAGAGACAGCUGGAGUUACAUCAACAGUAAAAGCAAUGAUGAUUAAGGACUUCUUUCAAAUUGAGAGAAUGGAAAACAGACUCAGGUUGUAGUAAAGAAAUUUAAGACACUGUUUACAAGAAAAAAUGAAUUUUGUUCGGACUUCUUUUACUCAUGAUCUUGUGACAUAUUAUGUCUUCAUGCAAGGGGAAAAUCUCAGCAGUGAUUACUCUUUGAGAAAGAAGAACUGCAAAUCUCAGCAGUGAUUACUCUUUGAGAAAGAAGAACUGCAAAGGUAAUAAUACAGCCGAAGAUAAUCUCUCAGCUUUUAAAUGGGUAGAGAAACACUAAAGCAUUCAGUUUAUUCAAGAAAAGUAAAUCCUUGAAGAUAUCUUGAAAUGAAAGUAUAACUGAGUUAAAUCAUACUGGAGAAGUCUUAGACUUGAAAUUCUACUUACCAUAUGUGCUUGCCUCGGUAAAAUGAACCCCCCUGGGUAGGCAGAGGUUCAUUUCAAAUACAUCUUUGAGACUUGUUCAAAAUAUGUUCUUUAAAAAUAUAAUUUUUUAAAGAGCUAUUCCCAAAUUUUCUAAUGAGUGGAAGUGGACCAUUAUCACUUUAAAGCCCUUUAUUUAUAAUACAUUUCCUAUGGGUUUUGUUUUUUUAGCAGACUAUGAUUAUAGGCCUAAUGGGCAAACUUCAGAUUGAACAUGUACACUGGUUUGAGCUUAAUGAAAUGACUUCUGGAUAAUUAUUUUUAUACAGCUAUGGAUUUCCCCAUCUUUCUGUAUAUAUACAUGUGUUUAGGUAUAUAUUUACACACCUUUAUCAAGCAUACCCAGGAGUAAACAGUUAAGAACCAUCUUCAAAUCUUUUGUUAUAAAAUAUUCGAAUUUAUAUUCUGAAACAAAAGAUUGCGUGAGUGUUGCACUUUAGCUGAUAUACACUGAUUUUAAAAAUAUGGAAACCAUACCUCACUAAUAACUUUAAAAUCAAAGCUGUGCAAAGACUAGGGGGCCUAUACUUCAUACGUAUCAUGUACUGUGUAAAAUAUUGACUAUCACACAAAUAUUUGCUUGGAUGUAAUUCUUUGUUACUCUUUACAAAUGUAAGUGUUCCUUUGCAUGGAAAUGAAGAAACAAAAUUCAUAAAUUUAGCUGAAAGAUACUGGUUCAGUUUGUAUACAGUGAAUAUAAAAUUUUCAUAAAAUGUUAAGUGACAGCUAAAAUAUUUUUAUAGUUUGUUCAUAUUAUAUGAGGUUAUAUUUUAAAUGAAAUAACUUUCUGGAUUUUAAUUUCUUUAAAUACCUUUUUAUUUGCAAAUACAAUCAUUUUUGUAAUAUUUAUUUUAUGCUUAUGAUAGAUAAUUGCAGAAUAUAAUUUUAUCUGAUUCUGUCUUCAUAAGAGAGCUGUGGCCGAAUUUUGAACAUCCAUUAUAGGAAGUGAUCAAAUUAGAGGGCAAUCUGGAAAAACAAUUCUGGAAAAGAUUUCUUUAUAUGAAGUCCCUGCCACUAGCCAGUCAUCCUAAUUGAUGAAAGUUAUCUGUUCACAGGCCUGCAGUGAUGGUGAGGAAUGUUCUGAGAUUUGUAAGGGGAUUUGAGUAGUGAAACGCAAGCACAAAACCUCCUGAACCCAGAGUGUAUAUACACAGGAAUAAACUUUUACGUAUUUUUAAAAAACUUUGUAUCGUUAUAAGAAGUCUAGUCGUUCUUUCAGGAGAAUAUCUAGGAUCAUAGAUGAAAAAUGUAAGCCCCGAUUUAGAAGUGUCUUCUCCAGGAUGGUCGCUAAGGAAAUUUAAAUUUGGUUCUUGCCUACUCAGAAACAACUUUAUAUUUCAGGUUAUUUGAGCACAGUAAAAGCAGAGUACUAUGAUUGUCCAACAGAGGCCUCUCAGAUACAAGAGGAACACAAUUACAUAUGGGGCUAGGUUUUGCCCAGUUCAAAAUAAUAUGUUAUCAACUUUGUUGCCUGUAUGAUGAAUUUUAAAACCCUACCACUUUAAGAAGACAGGGAUGGGUUAUUCUUUUUUGGCAAACUAUGUGAUUUUGAAAUUUAACUGCUCUGUAUUAGGGAGCAGUAAAAUCAAGGUAGACUUAUGAAAUCUGUAUUAUGUUUAUACCAGAAUAUAGGAAAUUUAACAUAAUCCUGAAAAAUAAAAGAAUCCAAAUUAUUUAGGUUAAAUAUUGAUGUACUAUGAUGGUUGCAAAGUUUUCUGUGUGUCCAACAAACACAUUGUAAAAACCAGAAUUUGAAUCGGUAUUUCAUCUUGACUUUUAAAGCCCUACAGACUAAUUGUUAGUAACAUAAAAAAUAGCAAUUUAUAUUAGAAUAUCUGUUUAAAAAACAGGCAUACCCAAUUGGCCACACAGCGGAAAGUUAGAGCAAUGGAGCAUUACUGAGUUUCUCCUCCUGUCAGAUCAGCAGCAGCAUUAGAUUCUCAUAGAAGUAUGAACCCUAUUGUGAACUGGUAUGUGAGGGAUCUAGGGUGCCAUAUUCCUUAUGAGACUCUAAUGCCUGAUGAUCUGAGUUGGAACGGUUUCAUCCUGAAACCAUUCCCCCAUCCAUGGAAAAAUUAUCUUCUAUGAAACUGGUCCCCAAAAGGGUGGGGACCACAGGUUUAAAGCAUGGCCAUAUUUCUUUAUAUUAAAAUUCUAGUUUGCACAUUUCUUUUAGAAACAAUUACUUGUUACUUUGGAAUCAUUUAUUUCUUCCAUGCUUCCUCCAUAAAGACUGAUAAGUCUUGGAUGCAAUCUGUAAAGAAAACACAUGUAUAAUUCGUUAUUUCAUCAACUUAUUUUAUUUUUCACACAUACACCUAAUAAGUAUGGUACACAAUGCCAAAUACAAAUUCAUAACAUAGCAUUCACAAGAGCUGUCAUGUAGAAAACACAGCUGUAAUCUAGAAAACUGAGGUCUGAAAAAUCAACAACAGUAAUAACUGACUUCCUUGAUUGUCUAAUGUUCUCCAUUGCCUCUUUAAAACAGUCAGUCAUGCCUCUAGAACACCCAUGUCUAGUGGGCACCCCUGCAUGCUAACCACUGAGUGUCACAAUGCCUACCAAGGAUGAGUUUGUAGGUUCCUAAACCUGUUUAUACCAGUUGCUAUAUAAAAUUGUUCCAAAGGGAAGUUGAAUGCUUUGUAAAGGCCUAAUAAAAGCAAAUUGCUGAACAAAAUGUGUUACAGUAAUUAUGAGUGAGAGGAAACUAAGAUGGAAAGAUUAAAACCUAACACUUGACUACUCAGAUGGCUCCACUAAAAGGUUUAAGAUCUUGAUCCAUUUUAAAAAAUCCAAAAUGGAAGUUGUAGACAUUAUCUGUAGUUUAUGAACAACAAUAAAUUAGAAAGGCAAUGUAGACAUGCAUAACCACGCUGUACAAAACAGUUGGUGAAUAAAUGUAAGGUUACUUUUUAUUUAUUGAAA